AUGAAGGCGCUGGCAGAGGCAGGUGCAAACAUUCUUGAUGAAGCGGCUGGCCAGAAAAACACGGACUUUGAGGCAUUGAAGACGAUGGCUGCAUCGGAACAUUGGUCGAUCAUCGCCUCAGAGGUACAGUUUGGGAAGUGCUUGUCCACAACCAUCAAGAGUGCCGUCUACCUGGCCACAUGGCGUGGACUGAAGGUUGUGGCAAAGACUGUAAAGGAUGUCAGGGCUUCUGGCCUUAACACACGGCGCCAACAUCAAGAAAGCGAGUCUACUGUCCAGAUUGCGCGGGACGAACUUCUGCAUGAGAUCAGGACUCUGUCCACUCUGCGGCAUCCUGACUUGGUCCUUUUCCUUGGUGCCAGCCUGGACACUGAGACUUGCUUCUUCCUCACAGAGUACAUGGAGGGUGGAGAUGUGGAGACGUAUAUGCGAUCCAAUAGAGUCAAGACAAACACCAAGGAGUUCAAGCCACCAUACCAUGUUUCGCUGUCUUGGUUCCUUUCGACCGCCCGGGCGUUGGCGUUCUUGCAUGGCUGUGCCAGACCUAUCAUCCACCGAGAUUUGAAACCCUUGAAUCUGCUGCUGACAAAAGGAUUAGAUUUGAAGGUGACGGACUUUGGCUUGAGCAAAAUCAUGCGUCCGAAGCUCUUGGAUCGGUCUGGGACGGAUGCGUCACCUGCGCCACUCAUGUCUGGUGGCGUGGGCACGUAUCGGUACAUGGCUCCUGAAGUUGUACGAUACGAGCAAUACACGGACAGAAUAGACAUCUAUGCUUUUGCUCUCAUCAUGUACUACAUAGCUUCAGGACGGGCGUGUUGCAUGUGCUCAUUUUGCUGA